AUGAUUGUUUUUAAAUCUAUAGGAUCGAAUACAACGACAAGGAAGACGGGACCAGAAAGAAGGGACCAGGAAGAAGGGACCAGGAAGAAGGGACCAGGAAGAAGGGACCAGGAAGAAAGGACCAGGCAGAAGGGACCAGGAAGGAGGGACCAGGAAGGAGGGCCCAGGAAGGAGGGACCAGGAAGAAAGGACCAGGAAGAAAGGACCAGGAAAAAGGGACCAGGAAGAAGGGACCAGGAAGAAGGGACCAGGAAGAAGGGACCAGGAAGAAGGGACCAGGAAGAAGGGACCAGGAAGAAGGGACCAGGAAGAAAGAACCAGGAAGAAGGAACCAGAAAGAAGGGUCCAGGAAGGAGGGACCAGGAAGAAGGGAUUAGGAAGAAGGGGCCAGGAAGGAGGGACCAGGAAGGAGGGACCAGGAAUGCGGUUCGAGGAAGAAGGGACCAGGUAGGAGGGACCAGGAAGGAGGUAAAAGGGAGAAGGGACCAGGAAGAAGGGACCAGGAAGAAGGAACCAGAAAGAAGGGUCCAGGAAGGAGGGACCAGGAAGAAGGGAUUAGGAAGAAGGGACCAGUAUGAGGAAAACAAAAACAAGGACAAGGAAGCAAGGACCAGGGAGGAGGGACCAGGGAGGAGGGACCAAGGAGGAGGGACUAGGGAGGAGGGACCAGGGAAGAGGGACCAGGGAGGAGGGACCAGGGAAGAGGGAUCAGGAAAGAGGAACCAGGGAGGAUGGACCAUGGAUGGAGGGACCAGGGAGGAGGAACCAUGGAGGAGAGACCAUGGAGGAGAGACCAGGGAAGAGGGACCAGGGAAGAGGGACCAGGGAAGAGGGACCAAGGAAGAGGGACCAGGGAAGAGGGACCAGGGAAGAGGGACCAGGGAGAAGGGACUAGGAAAGAGUGAAUAG